AUGUCCCAAAGCCAGCAUUCUGACUUUUUACCUACUCUUUACGAUGCGGAUACAGAUAACCUUAGCUAUCUUAUACCCUCUUCUCGAGUUCCAACCCCAUCUGGUAGCCAGCUCACAAUUGAGCCUUUUGAUGCUAUUGAUACUGACUUCCUUCGGCCCUCCAACCUUCUACCAAUUCCACACUCUCUUACUCGCGUUGGCCCCGAUCGGAGAAAGGCAUAUGUGCUUUAUGACAAUAUGGCAUAUGAAGAAUGGGUUGAGUGGUGGCUACAAACCGACUAUGGGCAGAAAAGCAAGAUUUCCUGGGAUUCAAAUCGCAAUUCAAACAUAUGGAGCAACUUCGACCAAGUUGCCUAUACCAAAGAUGGUGCGCCAAAGGUGAUGUGUAAGCGCUGCUCAAAGAUCCUAGAGCAUCCCCAUUCUCCAUCACCUAGCGGAAAGGGCUAUCAUGGUACAUCAACAAUGUUGAAGCAUUUAAAGACAGCAGGCUGUCGCAAAGCUCAACAGGGAGGUAAAGGAGAAAUUACCCAGUUCCUUCAAAAAGUAGAUCACGGCUUACCAGAGGCUCCUUUUUCACAAUCGGCAUGGGAAGAGCAUCUUCUCCAAUUUCUCACCCUCAAUCGACUUCCAUUCCACCUCAUCGAACAUCCAACAUUUCACAAGCUAUUCCGAUUAGCCCGCUCUGCACCAUCUCUCCCUCCGAUACCCUCUGCUACCACAAUACGUCGUCGUUUACGUGAUAUGAUCAUAGAACGACAGAAAUCUAUCCUCCAAACACUACCCAACGACGCAAAAAUCUCGAUCGCAUUAGAUUGCUGGACUUCUCCAUAUAACCAGGCGUUCAUGGCUAUCACUGGCUAUUUUGUUGACAGUAACUGGGUAUACCAAGAGGUUCUACUUGGAUUUAAACCACUUUAUGGCUCCCAUACCGGUUUAAAUUUAAGUGGUGUACUCCUUGAAACUCUAGUUGAGCACAAGAUCCAGGAUCGGGUAUUUGGAGUCACAACUGAUAAUGCAACCAACAACAAGACAAUGGUUGAGGCUAUUCAGCAGGCGCUCUCUAGCGAUGUGACAGUAAUCCGAAUACCCUGUCUUGCCCAUGUUAUCCAGCUUUGUUUGAACCAGCUCCUUGAUCGUUUAAAGGCCAUCCCUCUAAAUGAGAAUGCAGAAACAAAGUGGACUGACCAGAAGUCAUCUGCAGCAAAGGCAAAUGCUCAGCACCAGACACAGAGGAUCUCAUACACCUUAAACAAGGUCCGUUAUCUUGCUGUGUAUAUCCAUGCAAGUCCGCAACGCCAGGCGGCCUUUCUCCGACUUCAAGAAAAGGGAUCCCAGCUUGUUCCAAUCCAGGACGUAAGGACUCGGUGGAAUUCUACCUUCUUGAUGCUUCGUCGUGCAAAGAGACUACGUAGUUUCUUCCAGCCCUUCUGUGAGGAGUAUGACUGUGAGGAGAUGUUGCUUGAUACUCAAGAAUGGCGUCAAAUUGACUAUCUUCUACAAAUCACUCGGCCAUUCUUUGACUACACAACAGAGCUCUCGAAGACAAAGGAGGUCACCACACAUCUUGUCUUUAAGAUUUACAAUGCCCUCUUUGAUCACUUUUUUGAAGCAGAGGCGCUGCUUAAACGCAAGCGUGUUCCAUGGAAAUCAGACAUGCUCAAAGCACUCAUAGCUGGUCGCUUGAAACUUGAUGAGUACUACUCUCAAACCGACAAUCUCAAAGGACAUAUCUAUGCAGUUGGGACAAUGCUGGCACCUGACAGCAGAUUUCAGUUCUUUCAAUCUGAUAAUUGGGAGCCUCACUGGCGUGAUACCUACCGGAAAUCAUUCCAGGAAUUAUUGAUUCCACUGAACAUGAUGCUAAAGAGUAACAAGAUAUCCGCAAAACCAGCUGGUGAUGAGAUGACUCAAUAUCUCGAUAGUGAUCUAAUUGAUAUUGAACCUCUUCAAUUCUGGCGUGAGAACCAAUCUCGUUUCCCUGCGAUCGCGUUACUUGCUCGCGAUAUUCUCUCUAUUCCAGCAACUGGUGCUGGUGUCGAACGGCUCUUCAAUACUGCUCGGGAUGUUUGUCACUACCGCCGUGGUCGUCUGAAGUCCGAAACAAUCGAGGAGCUUAUGUUGUUUCUAUGUGCAACAAGAUUCAAUAUUAAGGAUGCUGAGGCAAAGCAGCUUGAGCAGUUCUUUACACUAGCUGAGAUUGAGUCAGCGAAGGAGCAGAACGAUGAAUAUAUAGAGGAUGCUGAGCUUGACCUGAUUAGUGAUAAUGAAGAGGAAGAAGGAGUAGAUAAUAGACUGCGAGAGACAUCUCCUCAUUUAAUAGAUAUAGAUAUAGAGGUGACAGAGCCAGAGUUACCAGAGACUGCAACUCAGAGACGGGCCUCAGGGAGGAAGCGUAAGAGCAGGGCAGAUGAUGAUUUUGAGCAAUAUUAG